CUCCCCAAACCAAUAUGACCCAUUAAAAAAAUGAACCAUGCGGACGAUUUUCCGUCAAAUAAUGAGAUGGUCAAUCAGUUACCAGCCGUCAUUCCAAAUGUCAUUUCACCCCCCUUCUUGCUAUAUAUGAGAAAUAAAACAUGGAGAAAUAAAUUUGGAAGGAGUAUAACAAAAAUUGGCAAGUAACAAACAGUCCACACUAAGGACUAUAUACGUGGACAACGAAAAUCAAAGGAAGAUCACUGUGUACUUGGACCUGAUGUUUCUAGAUUUCAUGUUGGAGAGGGCAGACGAUUUUUAAUGGAUAACCAGUUACUGAACAUGAAUAAAUAUUUUAUGAGAUGUGAGGAAUAUAAAAAAAAAUAUGAUGCAGAUUCAAAAAAGACUUUUGUGUUGAAGAUGUCAAAUAAAAUGAAAAGUGGAGAAAGAAUAAGUCAUGAUGAUCUACAGACAAUGAUCCAUCUAGUUCGGUCACCCAGGGAAUUUGAUCUUUGUGUUGAUAUGGCUAGAAGUUAUCAAACAGCAAAGGUUUAUGCAUCUGAAAACAGCAAAGUUUGUUCACCUGUGAAUCACCAACUAGCAACAGUUCAGUCACCUGUAAAUAUUCAAAUACCAGUAGAAUACCAGCCAACCAUGUUUCUGUCACCUAAAAUUCACCAAACUUCAAAAGUUCAUGCUCCUGUAAAUCAUCACCAAACAUCCAAGGUUUAUACACAUGUAAAACACCAUACAGCAAAUGGUCAUGUUCUUGCACACCACCAAAACAACAAAGUUCAUUCUCCGGGUCACUUGAACCAUGAUUGCAAGGUUUCUGCAUUUUCAAAUCACCAAACUGUCAAAGAUAACACCUCCAUAAAUGAUGAAGCUGAGAAUGUUCCUACAAAUCCCACAAAGUACCAGAAUAGCAAGAUGGACAUUGGGUCACAGUUCAUGAGGAUGUUGCAUCAUUUUAAGAAAGCAUAUAUAGCUAUCAUGUUUAUGGAAGAUAGGUCCACCAUGAGGAAUUUCUGUAUAACAAUCUGUGAUUGAUGUGUAUAUGGAUUUACUAUUCAAGACAGGAGAAUAUGGGAAAGUUGUGAGAACUUAUGAAGAAAUAGAUUAUUUUAAUGAACAAAAACUUACAAAUCAUAUGACACUGGUCAUGGCAGCUUUAUAUAAUUUA